GCGCAUGCUCACCAAACACGGAACUGCUCACUGUAGCAGGGAAUUGGUUCAGUUGAGUGCAUCAGCACAGUGUUUGACACAGGCAUGGGCUGUCAACGUUAGAUGCGGCGUAUUCCUUUAGGUUGGACCGGGCAGUGUAGAUAUAGAGUUAGUUUGUUACGUCGCAGGAGGUCAAAUAUCCGACGAGAUGAUGCGUUUCAUGCUGCUGUUCAGCCGGCAGGGGAAGUUGCGGCUGCAGAAGUGGUACACAGCCACAGCUGAACGUGACAAGAAGAAGAUGGUCAGGGAGCUGAUGCAGAUAGUGCUCGCCCGCAAACCAAAGAUGUGCAGCUUUCUAGAAUGGAGAGACCUAAAGAUUGUCUAUAAAAGGUAUGCCAGCCUGUAUUUCUGUUGUGCAAUUGAAGAGCAGGACAAUGAGCUGAUCACACUGGAAGUCAUCCAUCGCUUUGUAGAGCUGCUGGAUAAGUACUUUGGCAGUGUGUGUGAGCUGGACAUCAUCUUUAACUUUGAGAAGGCCUACUUCAUUCUAGAUGAGUUCCUGAUGGGAGGAGAGAUUCAGGACACGUCUAAGAAGAGCGUCCUCAAGGCCAUUGAGCAGGCAGACCUACUGCAGGAGGAGGACGAGUCACCCAGGAGUGUGUUGGAGGAGAUGGGCUUGGCGUAGUACACAGCGACAUCAGGAGAGACUAUAGAUGCUAAGGCAGAGGGCUGGAUGAGAGGGGGAGGACAGAAGCUGGGAUUGAACAUUUUUUACUGACAGUGCUGGUUCUCUGUAUUGUGGCUCUGGUGAAUGAUGUACAGUGUUUAACUGGGGAAAGACAGUUAAGAAUGGAAGAUCUUUGCAGGCCCUUUAGCUCUGUGCGUGUGUGUGUGUAUGUGAGUGUGAGGGAGGGUUCUAAACAUGGGGUACAGGAAAUGGGAUAAAUUCAAAUUUUUUGCCUGGCUGCAGGGGGAGUUGUGUGUUCAGAUUUUUAAAUGGGAUGAGUUGAGCUUUGCUUACUGAAGACUUAAAAGAACCCACAGUAGAUGCUGAUAUAGAGUUAAAGUGAAACAGGGGGCAGUUUGACCGUUGCUUCCAUGCAAAGAGCUGGUUGGAUAUUCAUACCUUGUCAUGAAGGUUUGCCAAAUGCUGAAGAAUUGAUCAGGGAUUUGAAUAAUUUGAAAAAUAACUGAACAUCGCUCAAAUGAUAAACCUGACGUUUCUAUAUUUUUUGUAUUUUCAAUAAUUAUCGUGAAAAGAAUGAAAGUAACUGUAUUAGUUCAUCUCUCAAUACUCUUUGGUUUCCUGGCUCUCAGCCCCACAUGCAUGGGUUCCUACUGAAAACAUUAAUGUUUUUAAACAGCUCAGAAAUAUAUAGUUUAAUUUUUAAAAUGGCUCAGUAGUCUCCUAAAACAGCUGGACGACUGAAACAAGAAGAUAAAAUACAUUUGUUGGGAACUGUUUCCGGCACCAGUUAGGUGCUAUAGUGAAUAUUUGUUGUUUGUUGGAUUGAGUUCGGAUAAACUACAGAAUGUGUGUUCAUGGUAAUGAACGAACAUGUCACCCAGUGCAACAGUGUGAUUGAUUUGUUUUAAUAAUUUCUGGACAUAAAUGGAGGUCUAUGGAACAGAGGAGUAAGACAUAUCAGACACUGGUUACAAAACAAUACAUUCAUUGUGGGGUUGGGUCUGCACAUGAGGUUUGGUGACAGUCAGAAAAAUACAAAAUAUCACCAGCCCUAAAGUAAAAUUCUGUGUUCAUACAAUCCUUUAUUUCAUAGCAUUGGCCAUUAAUCUUAUUGGUUAUGUACGUGAUAACAAGGAAAAUAAUAUGCAAAGUGCAAUAUGAAAAACAAACAGAAUGGGCUUCUUCACUGAAGUGUGUCGUUACCAAUCAGGACACAUACGAGUGGCAAUCUCACACAUUUAUUACACAUGUUCUCUUGUAAUAAGGAUCAUUUAAGUUAUUAUGAUUUAUUCUGAUAAUUAACAAUGUUAUAUGAUCUAUCGGUUUUAGAUGAUCAACCAAAACUAAAUGCACUGAAAUGUAUUUUACAGUCAUCCAUAAGUUUUGUGAAACUGCGUGAGUACACAACCAUUGUUUAGUACUAAAGUCAAAUUUAUGAUGACCUAAGAUAAACCUUUAUUGAUCCCCAGCAGAGAAAUGUAUUAUUUGCAGCAGCACAAUAUCAGAAAUAAGUACAGAUGAGAAUAGAAAGUCAGAGACAUAAAUAAAAAGGUAACAAAAAUAAGAAAGGAACAAUAUGAAAUGUUUAAUUUGUAAUAUGUUUUAUUAUUAUUAAUAAUUAUUUAUUUCAGAUUGAUAUAUGAAAAUUGAAGCAGCAAGUAGCUCUGAAUGGAUAUUCACAACAGGUAACGACAGGUAACUUCAUUAACUUUAACCUUCACCUUCAUUGUCUCUUCCAGUUAUGAUUUAAGUCAUAUGGAAGCUCUGUUGGGUUAUAUUGUUGUGGAGACAUCGUGAAGGCAUUUCAUCCUCAGAUCUCAGCACUGAAAAUGUAAGUAGAAUGUUAUCAUAACCAAUAGGACUGAGGGUCAUAACUACAAUGUAAGACAGAGGUUGUAAGAAAACAGAUUUUUACUUUGUUUUUAGACUUGCUCUCUACUUAACUCUUAAGAUAUUAUCAAAAACAUCUGUCAGUAUGCUAGUACAAUUAUUUGAAUAUCACUUAAUGUUUUAAGAAUUUCUAUUGAAUUUUCUCCUAAAGGCAGAGUGUAAUAUUUGGAUUCAGUCCCGUCUCUGUGAUUGGCCCAUGUUAACGUGAUGGGACCAGGAUGGUAAACAGCAUUGUGAAUAAUGAACCAAAGACAUCCGAGAUUUGCAUCACAACCCAAAGUAAUUUUUGAGCUAUUCAUAUGUACUGUCAGCGGACUGAUGUGCCAGACGAGAUGGAAAUGUCAAGUCUGUCUUAUGCAAUUUAACACAGUGCGACUGAGAAUCACAUCCCACCUCCAGAGAGGAAGACGGAAUGAAAGUGAGCAGAGUUUAGUGUUGGAGUUGAAGCAUAACAUUGUUCUGCUGGUAAUAUAAACUGGUAUUACACUUUAGAAAUGGACUGAAAUUUCAAAACUAGUAGAAUAAACUGAAUUUUAGCCAAGUCUAUCAUAUAGUCCCAUAUGUUUUUACAAUAUUUGAUCUUACUUUUGAAAGUGUUCAUUGCUAAUCAAUCUUGAUAAUUUACAAUGCCAUUUUUGGAUCUUUUCCUGUAAGUGGUGCUCACAUUGUUCAAUUCAAGACAUUCAAUUUAAACUGUUAAAGUGCAUUUGUUAUACAGUAGAAUGCCUGCAGCCACUUCUGAAUGUAUAAUGACUUACCCAUACCUCAUUGGAUUUGGUUUGUUUCCUAGUUAAAUAUCAUCAUCUCUUUACAAUGCAGUGGUCAUUGUGAAACCUUGAGCCCUGGUAUUUGCUUUGGCUAGUCCCAUCCACUUGAAGACCACCGCAGAUCAAAAGUGUGGUCCUACGAAUUCACAAACGUGUGUUUAUGCUCGCACAUUGAAUUGAAUAAGAACAUUUAAUUUUAAGUCUGAAUCCAGAGCUGACCCCAUUCGUUAUAUUUUUGAGUGAAUCCAAAUUAUUUUAUAUCCACCAGUCUUCAAAAUUUGUAACAAAUGUUUGUGUAACAAAAAAUAGUCUUGAAUUGACAAAUGUUGUCUUCUGUCUUUGCAAACCUUACUACGUUGAUUGUUUCAAUAGGGAAAACUCGCUGCUCUGGUUGUGCUUAACUUCAAAAAAUAUAAUACACAAAAUAUUCUGGAAAUUAGAUCAGAAUCAGAACCCAACUCUCCUUAUGCACGAAUCUGAUUGAGGUCCUGUGCAGUGCUGUUAAUGCAGAGUAAAUCUUUGAACAGUUUCUUUAUUAAGUCUAACAUUAGUGUGUUCUUAUUUUAUGAAUGACGUUUGUCAGAAAAAGUUGUGGUGUUGUAGGGUGUUGCUGUCCCAUCCAGUUAUUUAUUAAUCUAAAAUACGACUAGAUGAUAUGGAAUCUUGGAAAAAAUUGUAUGAAUUUCUUAUAUCAUGCGGCUGAAGCAGUCAGUCAGCUGAAACAAGUUUUGAAAAAAAUUUCACGUUUCUUUACCAAAUAUCUUGUUUCAGUGUCCAUUUAUUAUUAUGGUUUGUUACAUUUAGCAGUCCUACAUAGGAAACUCUUCCUUAUAUCACCUCAAAUAGUAUGCAUGUUUUUCAUCAUACAGGGACUUGAUUUGUAUAAUAUCAUCUUAGGAGUUCUGGACAAACAUUCUCAUUUCUAAUUAAUCAAAGGAAAUGAAAUUAAAAAUGAAAUCAAAGGAAAUUAAUUUUCUUUGUUAUGUGCUGUCAUCACUUUCCUUGAUCACAGCCUUUCUGAUCUACAAAAGACACGGAUGCAGUUGUUACAAAAUGAUGGAUGGCAGUAGAUGUUUUUUGAGGGGAAAAAAAAGUGUCUACAGGCAGAGUGUUGUUUGAGCUUGACUGUAUUGAUAGAUUUGCAUCUAACUACGUGUUUGUGCAUAUGAUGGCUACCCAUUAUAUCCGUAUCCUGCUGCUAAUACCUUUGGUAGGUUGGCUUUGCACAUCCUCAGAAAGGGUUAGAUUUAGCAGGUUAGGUUAAUGAUUUUCAGUGGGUCUUCUCAACCACGUGCUCACUGACAUGGUAAGUUAAAUAGAAAUAUUUGGAAAUAUAUAUAGGUAGAUAUAGAAAUACAUACAUCCUACUGCUCAAAUGUUUGGGAUCACGCUGUCAGAGUUAGAAAUAAUGAUUUUAAUGGAAAUGGUGAAUGUGUUCUACAAAUUUUGUCUUCAUCAGCAAUAACAGCCUGGCAGACCUUAGGCAUUCUAGCUUCCAGUUUUUCAAGGUAUUCUGAUGAGAUUUCAUCCCAUGCUUCCUGGAGCAUCUCCCACAAGAUGGAUUGGCUUGAUGGAGUCUUCCUUUGUACCAUACGGUCAAUCUGCUCCCACAACAGCUCAAUAGGGUUCAGAUCCGGAGACUGUGCUGGCCACUCCAUUACAGUCUGAAAUCUGGCUGACUACUUAUGGAUAUUGCUAGAUAUUGCUGACACGUUUUGGAGGUGUGUCCCACUCUCUUACACUUCGGGUUAUGUAGGGGGCACUCGCUUGAGAUAGUCCAAAAUGAAUGGGGUAUUAUGGAGCUCUAGUGGCAAAAUGUAACUUUUAUGGUGCAAAAAAAUAAAUCAGCUUAUUUUCUUAAUGUUUUUGGUAGAAGCGAACAGAUACGGUUCUAUUAGAUUAAAAUUUCCUGGCUUUUUGUGUUAUUGAAGUAUUUGCAGCCAGUUUACGACAUUCGCCAUUUUGGUUUCACGCAUCAAUCAAGCACAAGUUUGUGUUUCAUUUUAACCACGCUUUUAAUGUCUUCUGCAGUUAUUGUUAGGAAAAUGCAUGGAUAACAGCGAAAACCGUAACGCUGCUAGUCAUAAAUCUUUCACCAACCAAUAAGCAUAUUUGCUUACUAUAUAUAAAUAUGGGCGUUUUGGUCUAGAAGUAGGUGUAAAUAAUUAUUAGCCAUUUAGCUCUAUUCACUCCCAUUCAUUGAGGACAAUCUCGCGAGUGUCCCUAGGUGAACUGCAGCCAACUUUCGGAAGUGGAGAGGCUGUCCUUAGAAAGGUUGUGACACUGCCUCCACCAUGACUGACAGAUGAUGCUUUGGAUGAUGAGCUGUUCCUUUCCGUCUCCAUACUUUUCUCUCCCCGUCAUUCUCAUCCAAGUCAGUGUUGGUUUCAUCUGUCCAAAAAAAUCUUACUCCAGAACUGGGCAGGCUUUUUUUAGGUGAUUUCCAAUCUGGCCUUUCUGUUCUUGAGCAGUGGUUUGCACCUUGCUGCGAAGCCUCUGUAUUCAUAAGCCAUCUCAUCACAAAUGUAGUCCCGAGUCCCAUCCUUGCUUAUGAAUGACUGAGACUUGAGGAUCCCCUGUUCAUACCAAAUCAUGACUCUAUCACCUGUUGCCAACACAUCUCUUUACCUCUUUGCUUGCUAAUGAAUGACUGAGACUUUUGAGAAUCCCUAGUUCUUACCAAAUCAUGAUCCUAUCCCCUGUUGCCAACUCAUCUGUUUACCUGUGGAAUGUUCUAACAGGUGUUUUUGAGCAGUACACAACUUUCCCGGUCUUUUGUUGCCCCUGUCCUGGUGAAGUUGAACAUUAAAUAUAUUGUCUUUUAAUUCCCCAAGAAGGUCUGGCAAAUGAUCAUAUUUGAUUUUAUUUAUGUUUCACACAGCAUCUCACAUUUUUGGAAUCAGGCUGUAGUUGUUGUCAGACAAGUAUGCAGUAGUAGUAGUUCCAUAUAGUGUAACAGAUAAAUGGCACGUUCUGUAUAUUAUGUUCAAUUCACCAAAUAAAGUUUUAGUUUUCUCUCUGUC